AUGUAUCAACUUCACAUGUUUGAAGAAGUCACACCAGUCUCAGGGGUAAACGGACAACCACUGGAUUUAAGUGUAUACGAUAAACUAAAUAAGGCCAGAAUAAAACUUAAACGUGGGAGAUUACGAAGAAUUCACAAAUCAAAGCCAUAUAUUUAUUCUCAAAAAUUCAGUGGACUACUGAAAAGUAAUCAACAAAACUCGGAUCGAUUACCAUGUUCAUCGAUUAAGUCGGAAAUAUUUAUUUGUCCAAUGUGUCAUAUGGAAGCGACAAGUUUUAAUAUUUUUGCUCAACACAUGGCAGUGCAUUUUAAUCAGUUACCAGAAACUUCACCAAACGAUUCCGUAAACACGUAUGGCUUUGAUUUACCUGGACACUUACAGGGGAUUAUGGGAGGUAGAUGUUCGAUAGAUACUGAGACAAUGAACAAUACUAGUGUGGGCAGUGAAGUUGUUAAUCGGGACAAAACAGAACUUUUAGAAUUAAUCAAGGAGUACAUUCCUAACAAAAACUCAUUCGGAAAGGAAACUAUUGGAAAUUCUGAUAAAAAGAUAAUCUUUUCUAAUACGAAUGUAUUAUCUUGCAGUAUAUGCAGUCACCCCACAACUUUUGAUCAGUUUGCAGAUUUGUUGAAUCACUUACAAACCAAACAUCUGCUGACAUAUUAUCACUGUGGUGGAUGUGAAGAAAAAUUUACAGAUCGCAAUCGAUGUCUUGUACACAUUCUAAGUUAUCACGCUGAUUUAAAAAACCCUAUUGAGAAUACUGAGUCGGAUGUUCGUCGUGAUGCCAGCAGCUUUAAUAUUACCACUAAGAGUGUUGAAGAUACUGACCAAGGGAAAUUAAUUUCUCAUAAUGAAAAUGAAUCCUGUAAACAUUACAGUCUAGAUGGUGAGUGGGAUACUAAAAGAAGACUGAGUAAAAUGGAUCCAGAUAAUACAACCAUGAAAGAAAAAGGUCCUUUGCAGGACCAUAACGCCGGUAUCUGUCUCAAAAAUAAUCCAUAUUCAUCUAAAUGUCAAUUAGUAACUGAUGAUCACUCUAAGUCAUCUAACUUGAGCUCUCAAGUGGUUGUCGAAUCAAAUAAAGAAAGUUGCGAUCAUCACGACGGUAGUGAAAGUAAAUUGAAUACAUCUAACACAAACUGUAUGUGUCGGGCACAGUCUUUGAUUCAUUUUCUCAGUAUGUUAUUUUGGCCGAGUUUAUGGUCUUUUGAUUUGAUGAGGACGGACACUGAAGAACAACUAGGUGGUCAACUGAAAACUCUUAAUGCAACUACCAGUCGAAAUAUGGAACAUAUUUCAAAAAGUGAGGACUGUGUAUUGUCAUUUCCAUCUGCACCAGUACCACCACCAACACGAUCACUGCCGUCGUCAUCAUUAUCAUGUUUACAAAGGAAAGCUGAAACCGAGGAAUCGCAAAGUAUUAAAGGUAGAACGACUCCACCGGGUGAAUAUAAAAGCAAGAAAAACGAUACAGAGUGUAAAUCAUCAAGUGAACUUAAUGAACCCGCGGAAAAUCUAGAUCUGGAGCAUACUGUACCUAGUUGUAUUUUUUUAUUACGUUCGCAUCCUGUUCUUGGUCUUCUGCCACAUGAAAUCGCCUCUAAAGUGGACAGCUAUAAAGCCUCCAAAAUUUGUCACAUAUGCCUUAAGGAAUUCACAGAUGAAAUGACAGUGCUUCAUCAUCAAGUUGAACAGCACAGCCUCAAGGAUGUUCCAAGCAUGUCAGAUUCAUCAAAUGACCAACAAAAGACUGGUUGA